AUGGGGUCGGGACAAGGGCACUUCGCCUCAGUGACACGGACACAGGACGGCGACAGGUUCCAGAUGUGUGUCGCAGCCCGGAGUGAGCCCAAGCAGCUGCCGGGGCUGAUCAGCCUGAAGCAAGGGUACCUCAGAGGCUUCGUGCGCGCUGUGCUGGCGGACGCGCAGGGCGCACACAUCCGGGCCAUGCUCUUGGCCAUCUGGCGAAGCAUGAAUCUGGAGGAGACCGCGGCCCUGGCCAAGUCUGGGCAGCAGCUGGAGUGGCCGGAAGCCUGGUGCCAAUACCUUGGGGACAAACAUGCCCUAGGCAGAGUCCUGCCACCUGCCCUGGCUGCCUGUGGCUGCAAGCAUGUACCAAUAGUCAGCAGACGUGGUCUGGGGCACGUGGGAGGCACUUGGGGUAAACUGGAGUCUAUUCAUGGAUUCACUGUCACCCAGAGCCCAGAGCAUAUGCAAGGGCUGCCAGGGCAAGUGGGCCGCUGUAUUGUGGGUCAGAGCAGGAAGCUUGUUCCUGCAGACGGAAUCCUGCAUGAAGCAAGAGAUGUGACAGCCACUGUCGACAGCCUGCCACUCAUCACGUGUGACCUGACCCCAGACUCUGGGGUCCACCUCCUGCAUGUGAAAGACCCCUGACCUAUGAACACACACAACCACAGGUGAUCUGACCCAA